AGCUGACUUCCUUUCUGGAAAUGAUUUUCGUCUCUAACCAUGUUGAGACUCUCUUUUCUCAUUCUUUCAUUCUGACUUGCUCUUUUUCCUCUCAUUUACAACUGCAUCUGAAUAGAUCUUCUGACAAUCUUGCCAUGGGGUGCGGACUACGAAAGCUAGAAGACCCAGAUGAUAGCAGCCCUGGAAAAAUAUUUUCUACGUUGAAGAGACCGCAAGUGGAAACAAAGACUGACUCUGCUUAUGAAUAUGUAUUGCUGGAUUUUACUUUAGAAGUGUCCUCAAAUCCAGAAGCUAUCAAGAUCAGUUCUGUGUUGGAUAUAGCAACAAAAGUGGAAGAAUAUUACAUCAAAGGAUAUGUUGUAGGAGCAAUUCAUCCUAUUAUAUUACCUGUUGGGCGAAGAAAGCACUUUCCUGCAAGUUAUUUGUAUCGAGUGGUACUAUCACGACUCAAAUUAAGCCCGAAGCAUACAGCACUCAGAAGACAAAGACACCCCAGGCUUUUGAUUGAGGAAUGUCCUUUAAUGUAUGAAACACUGACAAAUGAGGUAGUGAAAGGAUUGUUAGAAAAGGUCAAUGAAGCUGCUAAAAGAGGGAAGAAGUUUGUUGGAUUUAUAACACAGCAUUUUCCUCAGACUAAAUUCUGUAAUGGCACAAACACAGAUGGAAAUGCGGACUCGGAAUCAGCACUAAGUAUAAAGAGUAGAGAGCACAGGAAAUACAAUUAUGACGAAAACUAUAAAAACUGGAAUGAAGGGACUUUGAGUGGUCAGUCAUCUGAGAGUGGAAUAGAGGAAGAAAUUCAGCCAGAAAGGGGACAGUUACAGGAUGCUGAUUUCCCCAGCCCUACUAAACCAAGAAAAGGAGAAGAUAAAUUAUAUACAGUCUUCAAUGUUUUUGAUGAUGACUCAACCUGCUGGACCUAUCAUGAGGGCAUUUUGUCUAUGAAAGUAACAAGAAAAGGGGCAGUCAUUAGUACUCUGGAUGCAGAUUGGCUAGAACUAACCACAUUUUAUUAUAAACAAGGAUUGUCAUUAAUUGAUUCUUUUGUACCUUGGGAAACUUCUAAAGGAGACCACAUGACCAAAUCUUUAGAAGGAUUAUUUAUAUAUGAAGAAGGUGGUUCAGGAGUUCCAGGUUCUAACAGGAAAGGAAAUGACACAAUAGUUGUAGAACAAUGGACUGUCAUUGAGGGCUGUGAAAUUAAAACAGAUUAUGGACCUUUACUGCACACGCUGGCUGAGUUUGGAUGGCUUCUUACAUGUGUACUGCCUACACCGAUCAUCCGACAUGACAGUGAGGGAAAUCUGGCCACAAAGCAAGUUGUUUUCCUUCAGAGACCUGUUAUGUGGAAUUCAACUACCCAGACUCCAGAGAAAAAAUCCACAAGGCAGCUCAGAAGUGACGAGAAAGGCAAAGUCUCUAGCAGAAGUAUUGGAUUAGACACAGCUACGUCUCACCCUAUAGAAAGUGGGCAUCCUCCUGAUGAGUUUCAUCUGUCUCCUUCUAAACCAUGUUGGAUCAAGGAGGGAUCUGCCCAAUAUGAAAGCUUCUCAGGAUUCAAUAGCAGCGAUAGUGUGUUAAGGGAAAUGGAUGAUGGACAGUUCGAGCAGGAAGAUGGGGCCACUCAGGUCACGUGUAUGUGACCCAAAAAUCCAAGAAAUAACGUACGUCAGAGAAUGAAGAUAUUUUAAUGGAAGCUGGUAACAACUCCUCCAUUUAAGUUGCCUAACACUUUUUCUAUUGUAGAAGAUUCUUGCCAGUUUGUUUGGUUGGUUGUUUUGAGAAGCUGUAACACCUCUGGGUAUUUAAAUCUGGCAGAGAAAAAC